GGUCCAAAACCCUGUACAUGAAUUGAGACCAAAAUCGCGACCCCCUUUUGACAUCACAGACACAGCAGCGGCGGCGCCGGGGUGGCUAUGGAGGAUUCAAAGAAGAAAGAAUGUCAACUGAAGAGAGGAGAAUACCUGGGAGAAAUCUCAGCCCUCUGUUUACUUCAUCCUCCUUCUCAUCUCUCUUCUCUCCCUUACCUUCUCUCAGGAACUGGUUCACAGAUACUUUUUUAUGACUUGCAUACGGGGAACAUGAUAAAGUCAUUUCAAGUCUUUGAAGGUAUACGUGUGCAUGGUAUUUCUUGCACCGUUAUGAGUUGUACAGAAGGAACAUGCAUCUCCAAGCUUGAUUUCAAGAUUGCUGUCUUUGGGGAAAGAAGAGUCAAACUAUUUAGCUUGCACAUAGAUAUUGCAUCUAAUAUGCAAAAUCAGGCACAAGUUUCUGUUGAUUUGAUCCUUCAUCAAUCGUUGCCAAAGUUUAAUCAUUGGGUUUUGGAUGUUUGCUUCCUAGAGGAUGCAACAAGUUCUUCCUCCAAGGGGAAACAUUAUCUUGCCAUUGGAUGCAGUGAUAACACUGUCUGUAUCUGGGAUAUGACGAGAUCGUCUUCAAGCUUUGAAGUCAAGUCUCCUGAAAGGUGUCUUCUUUAUUCCAUGAAAAUGUGGGGUGAGCAAAUUGAGGCUCUUCAUAUUGCAUCGGGCACAAUUUUCAAUGAGAUUAUUGUUUGGAAAGUGGUUUUCCCGAAUGUAAGCAAUCCAGGCAAGGAACUCGUGAAUCUUACUUCUUUAGACCAUGCAGCUCCCCAACAUCAUUUUCAUCAAUUGGAAGCUAUUGCUGUAUGUAGACUUGGUGGACAUGAAGGCUCAAUUUUUAAUAUAGCAUGGUCAUCCAAUGGAUCAAAACUGGUAUCCGUCUCUGAUGAUCGUAGUGCUCGAAUCUGGACAAUCCAUGUUGAAAAGGAAGGCCUUGAUAUUUGUCAUUCAAUUGGCCCAGUGCUAUUUGGUCACACUGCCAGAGUCUGGGACUGUUGCAUAGUUGAUUCCUUUAUUAUCACUGCUGGCGAGGAUUGCACAUGCCGUGUUUGGGGAGUGGACGGCAUCCAACUGAAGGUGAUCAAGGAACACGUUGGUAGGGGAGUAUGGCGUUGUUUGUAUGACCCUUGUACAUCUCUUCUUGUUACUGCUGGCUUUGACUCUGCGGUGAAAGUCCAUAAUCUGCAUACUUUUGAGGCCAGCAAUUCUGAUAGAUCCAUUCAGUUGAUAGACAAUUCCAUACACCAAAAAGACCUAUUUUCUUUUUGUAUCCCAAAUUCUUCUGGUCAUGCUGGACUUACAGACAGCAAAAGUGAAUAUGUUCGAUGUUUGCAAUUCACACGGGAAGAUACUCUUUAUAUUGCAACGAACAAUGGUUUUCUCUACCAUGCAAAACUCUUUGAUACAGGAGAGGUUAAAUGGACUAAACUUCUUCAGUCCAGUGGAGAAGCUCCUAUUGUUUGUAUGAACUUGUUGACUAAAGAAAGACUCGAUCUUUCUUCUGGUAUCGAGGAUUGGGUUUCUGUUGGAGAUGGUAAAGGAUAUGUGACGAUUGUUAAAGUUUUAGGUGAUGUUUCUUCUCCAAAACUGGGUCUAACUUAUACUUGGUCUGCUGAGUCGGAGAGACAGCUACUGGGAACAUUCUGGUGCAAGUCGCUGGGAUAUAGGUUCAUUUUUACUGCUGAUCCGAGAGGAAAAUUGAAGCUUUGGAGGUUUUCAGAGCCUUUUCCUGCCAAUUCUCAUUGCUCUGUCGGAAGUUCUGAUGUGUGUUUGGUAGCUGAGUUUGUUUCAAGCUUUUCUAGAAGGAUAAUGUGCCUAGAUGCCUCACUUGAAGAAGAGGUGCUAGUGUGUGGGGAUCUACAUGGUAAUCUGGUGUUAUUCCCCUUGGGAGAGGAGCUAGUGCUGGGUACAUCUACUGGUUCAGAAUCCAAAAUAUCUCCAUCUGUUUAUUUUAAAGGAGCUCACGGGAUAUCAGGUGUCUGCAGAGUUAUAAUAGCACUUUCUGGUUUUGGUGAAGUCAAUAUAUGCUCGACUGGAGGAGAUGGUUGCAUCUGCUAUAUGGAAUAUGACAGGGACAAAAAAAAGUUGCAGUUCACAGGGAUGAAACAAGUGAAAGAAUUAAGCAUGGUGCAAUCAGUUUCUUACAAAUCUAUGUUAGACGAUGAUUCAGGAAGCGGAAACUAUGCAGUAGGUUUUGCAUCAGCUGAUUUCAUCAUCUGGAAUUUAAUCACGGAGACGAAGGUUGUCCAGAUUCCAUGUGGCGGAUGGCGACGUCCUAAUUCAUAUUUUCUUGGCGACCUGCCAGAGUUAAGGAACUGUUUUGCUUAUGUCAAGGAUGAAAUCAUCUAUGUCCAUAGACAUUGGGUGCCGGACAGUGAAAGAAAAAUAUAUCCUCAGAACCUACAUUUGCAAUUCCAUGGCAGAGAGAUGCAUUCUUUAUGUUUCAUCUCUGGGAAUACAAUAUUUCCCUCAACCAAGCAGCAGGGAUUCUGUCCUAAUGCAUGUUGGCUCGCAACAGGGUGUGAAGAUGGAACUGUGAGGUUGACCAGAUAUGAUCCGGGUCUUGAGAAUUGGACUGCUUCAAAAUUGCUUGGUGAACAUGUAGGCGGAUCAGCUGUCAGAUCUAUAUGCUGCGUAUCAAAGAUGAAUCUAUAUGUAGCAGAUUCAACCACUUUGCCCUCUGGGAUGAUCUUAGAGGAUGUAGAUAGCCCUUUAUUACUAAUUUCAGUUGGUGCAAAGAGGGUUCUAACUGCUUGGAAACAAAAUCUUAGAAAAGCUCUUCCAUAUGGAGAAGAUAACAAGACCAAGAGUGACUUUAGUUAUAAAUCAGAACUGUCUACAUCAAUGCCAUUCAAGUGGCUUUCCACUGAUAUGCCAAUUAGAAGUAGCAAUAGUCGCGGAAAUAAAAACAACACGGAGAACAUGGAUUCAGUAGACCUGCUUGGGGACAAAUACGAAAAUGACUGGAGAUACCUUGCUGUUACUGCUUUUCUUGUUAAAUCUCCAGAUUCCAGGAUUUCUGUGUGUUUCGUUGUUGUUGCUUGUUCAGAUGCUACUGUUGCACUGAGGGCUCUCAUACUACCUUAUCGACUUUGGUUUGAUGUAGCGUUGUUGGUGCCCUUAGCAUCGCCAGUUUUGUCAUUGCAGCAUGUCAUUAUUCCCAACAGUGUGGCUUUAAAUGAAAACAUACAAAUUGGAAGCCAGUAUAUUGCACUUGGUGGAUCUACUGAUGGAAGUAUCACCUUCUGGGAUCUAACUAGAAGUGUUCAGGCCUGUAUGCAACGAGUGUCAGCUCUUAAAAUGGAAGACUUUAAUGACUGUCAGAAAAGGCCACGUACUGGGAGAGGUAGUCAAGGUGGACGGUGGUGGAGAUCGUUAGGCAGUAUUGAAAAGCCAGGUGAUAGCUCGGGUUCACUGGGGUCUUCAGAUAGAAGUGAAAAUGGUCAAAGUCAUUCUCUACAUGAGUCUUCAUCAGCAUGUCCUCAAAGAAGCAAGGAACUAUUUUCACAAGUUGUUGAUCCUGCUUUCUCUGGAUCAGAAACGAGCAACGAGGAUUCCUCACUUGAAACUUGUGAAAUAAGGCCAUUACAUACUGUUGAAAAUGUUCACCAAUCAGGGGUCAACUGUCUACAUGUUUCUGGUAUAAAAGAUAAUACAGGUCCUAGCUCUGGUUUUCUAUUUUAUGUUAUAAGUGGGGGUGACGAUCAGGCACUUCAUUCCCUCAGAUUUGAUGUAUCACUGCUACAGUCUGUUCAUUACACAGAGAAUGCGAACCCAGAUAGACAUGGUUGUACCGAGUCGGAAACUUCGGAUGGUAGUAUUUAUCAGUGUCAGAAACAGAACUACUCAAUUAAACUAUCAUGUCACGAAAAAAUUCUCUCAGCUCAUAGUUCUGCUGUAAAAGGAGUAUGGACAGACGGGAUUUGGGUUUUCUCUACUGGUCUCGAUCAACGUGUCAGGUGUUGGCAUCUUGAAGAGGAUGCGAAACUAACCGAACAUUGUCACUUGGUCAUUAGUGUGCCAGAGCCAGAAACAUUGGAUGCUAGAGCCUGUAGUAGGAACCAGCAUUAUCAGAUAGCAAUAGCUGGUAGAGGAAUGCAAAUGGUUGAAUUUUUUGCCCCUGGGGGAAUGAGUGCUAAAGUGUUGUGAUCGAUGCAUUGCUAUGUCCUACAUGCCAUGACAGUUUAAUAGGACAUGGUUUUCUAACGAACAGGCGUACAGCAGGCUGCAUGUAUUUCAGUCUUAAUGAGGUUAGCGAAAUUGCUGCUGCCUCCUUGAGUUGGGUUUUUGCCAAGCGUAAAAGUCGGAGAAGUCUAGAACUAAGGUAGUCUGCAUUGCAUGAUUAUCUGUCGACAAAUUCUUACUAGACUGCAACUGAGGGCUAUUCUCAGCAAGAUGCCAUCCAUCACACAGUGCACCAGCCACCAGCCACCAGCCACCAGCCUUAGGUAAGUGAAGAUUUUUUUUUUUUUUUUUUUUUUUUUUUUUUUUUUUUUUUGAGUUCAAAUUUGCGAGUACCAAAGAUUAUGAGUCACAUUUUAUAAAAAGAUUAUGGGUCGCUUGACUCACAUUUUGUUUAUUUGUGAGUUGAAAGACCCAGAAUGUCCUCAUCGAAUCGUAUAGACACAUCCAAUAUUUUUGGAGCAUAUAAUUUAAAUGUUAAUACACAAAAGGACAUUUUGGAAA